AGCAGCAGUUGCAUAGUCGCUUCCCACUACAGGCGACAGCACGGGGAGCGCACCAGUUCAGCGGCGGCGGCGGAAAAGGAGAGGAAAGGCGGCCGCUUUUCCCCGCACCCACCACGGCGGCGGCACCGCGGCAGGAAAGUGACUUGCCUUCAAAUCCCAGCCUAGCAAACAUGGCAGAGAGCUCGGAUGUGCCACUCAGUGGCACCAAUGGAAGUGCUGUUGUUCAGGCUGAGAGCUUGGGUGUGCCACUCAGUGACACCAACGGAAGUGCCAGUGUUCAUGGUGAAGAGAGCUUGGAUGUGCCAGUAAGUGACACGAAUGGAAGUGCCACUGUUCAGGAUGAAUGUUCUUCGGAAGGAAAUGAGUUAAUCAUCGUGGAUGAGAUGGACUCCUUGUGGGAUGAUGUAAAUACCAUGGUUGACAUCUCAACAUUCGUGACAUACUCUGUCAUCAAAGGGUUUGUAAAAGAUGCAGAACAAGAAAUAGGUCAGCAGCUUGCCUCCAAGGAUGAAGAGAUAACGUUGCUGAACCAAAAGCUGCUACAGCUUGGAAAUGGCAGCUUAAGUUUGCCUGAGGGUCGGGAUAGAAAAUAUGAUGAAAUUUAUAGUAUUCGUCAACAGCUUGAUGCGAUUUCCAAGUCACUCUUGAAUUCUGAGUGGGGGCUUUUGGGAUCCCAGUAUAACUCUGAUGGUGCAGAAGAUGUGAGUAAACAAAGAGGCAAGGAACAAUCCUGUAGAAAUGGUACAACAAAGGAAGACAGUCCUAGAGUCCCUCCUGAAGAGGUUUUUGGUGAUCUGUCAUACCUGAAGCACAUGGAUCAGGAUGCUUUGAUAGCCCAUUUUAAUAAAGAGAUGAAUCAUAUGAAAAGGCAGCAUGAUAAGGUCGUGCAAGAGAAGACAGAAGAGAUAUUCGCACUAAAGCGAAAACUGCUAAAAAAGGAAGGAUCCAACCCAUGGCAUUUACGGAAUAACAAAGAAUUCGAGCAAAUUAGAAAGAAAAUCGGGGAAGUUAUGGCAAGAUUAGAUGGCCUUCUCUUGGAGAAUAAUAAGAGAACCACUUCUGGCAUCAAGGCAGAAACAUUUGCUGGCCAACACGACAAGAGCAAUGCCUUAGAUUCUGAAAUCCAGCCAAUACAUUGUGCUGCUACUAAUAAUCAAGUAGAAGCGUGUGCUUUUCCCAUCCAGGCAUCACACACUACACCCAUAGAGCCAGAUCAUGCAGAGAAAAUUGGAAUGUUAGAAUCUGAUAUUGAAGACGCCAGGAUGGCAACCAUCAUUAGAGAAGAGAUGGAGAUGAUUGUAGUAAGAGAGUUCGUUAACGAAAUAGAAAUACGGUUGCAUGGUAAUGAGAUGGAGUAUAACAUGAAGCAAGACAUUUGUUCAGUCAUUCAGAAUGAAGCUGUAGCAGAAGCGCUGUUAAACCUCAACUCUGCAUUGUUAAAGUUCAAUGAGGAAAGGAGCUGCUCUGAAGCGGUAUCGACUCUACAGAAGCAAGAGAUUGAGAAACUGAAGCGAGCUGUUGACUCUUUCAGUAAAGUAGUGAGGGAAAAAGAGGCGUGUCAGAUUGAACUGGGAGCAAUGAAGGGUCAUAUGGAUUUAUUAUCCCAUCGACUUGAUUUACUUACAGUCAGAGUCGACAAGCAAGACUCUUGUAUAUCUGAAAAAAACAAGGAGUUUGAUAUGAUUGCUGGCAGGCUGGAGCAAGCUAUGGAGGAUGUACGUCAAAAUGAGAUCAUUUCCAGUGAGUUGCUCCACAGAUUUAGAAAUGCUACAGACUCUCUAAAGGAGGCGGAGAAACAAAAUCAAUAUUUACGUAACGUCAUCCAAGAUAAGGAGAAAAUAUUCACAUCAACCAUUUAUAAAGAAAAGGAGUUCAAAGAACGCAUGACAAGUCUUGUUGAAUCUAUGAGAGAGUUUGAGAAUCUGAUUACAGAUCAACAAACUAUCAUUGCAAACAAAAUUCAGCACAGUGAAUCAAGGUUCUGUUUACUGAAAGACCAAUGUAAACACCUCACGAAAGAAGGCAAUCUUUUAAAAAGAAAGGCAUUGCGAUACAAGGAGAUAUCUGAGACAAGAGGAUCUAAUCUUCAAAAGGCUGAGCUCGAGGUGGAUUUACUUGGCGAUGAAGUUGAGGCCUUAACGGAUCUUCUUGCAAAAAUUUAUAUUGCGCUCGACCACUAUUCUCCAGUUUUGCAACACUAUUCUGGGGUUAUGGAGACCUUGAACAUGAUCAGGAAACACAUCAGCACAACAAAGUGAAAUUCCUAUGCACAUUCACAUCAGCUGGUGUGAUGCUAACAGCAACCUUGGUUUUAUUGGCCUGAAGGCGCACUUCAGGUGGUCCGCGACAACUUCUCUAGGUGGUUGAUAAAGCCCUUGCAGUAGAAACCAAGGGCUAGGUAGUGCAGAGUAGCUUGUUCCCCUCAGUAGGCAGUAGAUUUUGCUAGUCUUUGAGCACCUUGUAACCGACCCACCCAAACCAUGGUUACUGGUUAGUCCUUCCUUGUGUUUGGCUGUGAUGCUACCUGCUGGUCUGCAGAGGGGAGGCUUGAUUGGCCAGCAACAACGGUUGUGGUGUGCUUGUGACCAAGCUUUCGUUUUGUGACUGAAAAUGUAUGGCGUUUAUGUAAGAGCUUGACAACCGUUGGCAUUUGUGUUGGAGCAAAUUAUUUGAGUUAGCUAUUAUCUCAGAAA